AAUUCCACAGGGUCGGCCUAUAUAUAGAGCCAAUGCUUGCGUAGGUCUGUAGCAUAUCUUCACGCGAUAGUUUUAUCAAACAACACAUACAGAUACGUAAAUAAAUUAUACAACAAUGGGUGUAAUCAAACCAAACAACGCUGAAAACGUUUCAAUCUCCCACGAUGGCGAUACCUAUUAUGUAAUCACCGAAGUUGGUGAGGUGCAGAAGUGGAGAAAGGAUAAGUCUAUUGCGAUGUCCAAUGUUGUCCAGAGCUUUGACAUCUUCGUCAAACACGGAAACCAGCAGGGCGAACCCUCUCGCCCCACCAAGUCUGAAUUAGAUUCUGCCUUUGGAACGCACCAACAAGACGAUUGUAUUCAGAAGAUUUUAGAAACCGGAGAAAUCAAGUCCGGACCUGGCAUGACUAAUGUCGAAAGCGAGUUCAUCAAGAGAAAUUAAAUUAGGAUUGUUACGUGUAAUGACCGUGCUCAGUAACGGUUGUCAUUAAAAGGGUGUAAUCAAACAAA